CCUCGUAUAAAACCAGAGGGGCUCCCUUUGUUUACAGCAUACACAGGUGGAGGAUCGAACUUUUGACAGCGGCUCAUCGCCCGUCCAGACGUUUAACACGUCCAAGCUCACUUCUUUUCUAAUUUGUUGGAUAUACUAAAGAAGCAACAUGGUGGCUAUGGCGAAGAGAGUGAAAACCUUCCAAAUAAUCUUUUCGGAUCCCUGUAAGACCUUUUACUGCGGCGGGGACAAGGUGUCAGGCCGAGUAGAGGUGGAGGUGAAUGAGGUGAUGCGUGUGUCCGCAGUGAAGGUUCGGGCUCUGGGCUGCGCUAAGGUGGAGUACGCCAAAGGCAAGCAGCGGUGCCGACAGGAGGCCGAGUACCUCCGAUAUGAAGAGGUGCUGCGGCUGGACGAGCAGCCCACAGACGCUGAUGGGUCAGUCGUCUUGAGGCCUGGCAACAAAUACCAGUACACAUUUGGAUUUGAGCUGCCCCAGCAUGGGCAGCUUGUGUCAACAUAUAAGGGGAAGUUUGGCUAUGUCCACUACUAUGUGAAGGCCCUGAUGGAGAGACCCCAACAGCCCAUCCUCGAGUGCAAGAAAUCCUUCGAGGUGGAGGAGCCCCUGGAUGUCAACACUCCAGAUCUGCUGACGCCCACUGGUGGCAUGAAGGAGAAGAAAGUCACAUGCAUGUUCAUUCCUGAUGGCCAGGUUUCACUGAAUGCAAAAAUUGACCGCCGUGGAUUCUGUGAGGGUGAAGACAUCUGCAUCAACGCAAAGUUUGAAAAUACCUGUUCGCGCAUUGUGGUGCCCAAGGCUGCCAUCAUCGCCAAACACACCUACCAAGCUAACGGCCGUACCAAGGUCUUCCGUCAGAAGCUGUCCUCAGUGCGAGGAAACCACAUCAUCUCAGGCAUGUGUGAUGCCUGGCAGGGAAAAACCAUCAGGGUUCCAAAGAUCAAACCGUCUAUGCUGGGCUGCAACAUCAUCCGUGUGGAGUAUGCUCUGAUGAUUUACAUCCACAUUCCUGGAAGUGAGAAGCUUAUCCUGGAGCUGCCUCUGGUUAUCGGGACUGCUGGUCUGGGCAGCCGUAGCAACAGCGUGAGCAGCCAGGAGGGUUCGGUUAGCAACGCCUCCCAGAGCUGGGUGUCCCUGAGGAUGCCUUCUGAGCCUCCCAGCUACUGCGACGUCACCCGUGACUGUCGCCUGGACCAGCCCCUCACGCCGCUCCUGGACGACUUUGAUGGCGACGACAGCCCCAUCUUCAUGAAUGUCCCAGCCUUCACAUUCCCACCACCUCCGGCAUACAAUGAGGCUGAUGAGGAGUACAAUGGCAACGCUCGCAUGCUGCCAGUCUGCUGAAGGCCAGCCAGGAUUUUAGAACUGUGGUCCAGCUUUCAGGGACCAUGCAUCUAAGGCCCUUGAAAAAGAGCAGAAGGUCCAAUCUCCAGACAAGAUGAGUUGGUUGGAGAAGUAAAAGCCAGGACUGUGGAGAUGGACAGAAAGAUCCUUGCCUGUUCAGUCCCCAUGCUUCAUCACCUAUGCUGAUCCUGAGUCUUCCUCCUGGUACUCUUCAGGUCGUGGGCUGGAGGUUGGGCCACGGAGCCUGUGGUGUGCUACAUGUCUGAAUAAGCUGUCCCUUUCAGAGACCCCAACUGUCCAGGGUCUCACUGUCCAUUUACAGCCACUUUAUGACUUUGUUAUUGGGGCCAAGCGUUGUUUGAGUCAGCCCCCAGCCUGCUGUCACAUCUUUGCCUUGUAGGGGUAUGUUCUUCCCUCGUGAUGCUUUGUCAUUCCAGUUAAAUCCUGUGUGUUAAGGGAUCUUACUAGAGGAACCAUCCUUUUUUAUCUAGUCCAGUCAGGUUGUGUUGUCAGGAAUAUUGUUGCCUUUGAGAAUUACAGCAUGUAAAAUAAUUUUCCUGUGAUGCUGAUACAGCCUCAUGCAACGUCCAUAUUUUCUUAUGUACCAGUGUUUGAAAUUUGUGGUUUAUUCCUUUAUGUUAUUGCACUUUUUGACUGAUGCAUUUUGCUCUGUUACUCCCUACGAGAGUUUCUUUUUGUUAUUCUUUGUUUGAACAAUGUUUGUGAGAGUGAAUUUCCUGUAAGUAAUACACUCUGAAGUUGCGAUAACUUCACAUUUGAUUCCCAAAUCACCGUUUAGUGAUCGGCUGUCAUUUUGCGACACAUCAUGUGCCAAAUAUGAUCCAUACAACAUAAACACUCCAGUCUCAAGAGAAGCACCUUAAUGUGAGGAUAAUCAUUGUGUCUGAUGUGCAGUUGUCCCAGACAACAUUUCACUGAGAGGUCUCCACUGUGGAGUUUUCAUUACUGCUGUUCUUUCAGGGCACAAAGAAAAUCACUGUUAAAGACUGAUUUGUUAGAAAAAUGUUUGCAAUGCAUCCUUGAUACUAAGAACAAGUAUUUUUGUAUGAAACCCCAUGGGUUACUUUUUUAUUAAAGCAAUGUUGAAAAUA